GAUUAAUUGGUUUUGCAAUCAAUUGAUGGCAAAACUGAUGACACGAUCUGUCAAUUGAUUGCUAUUUGAGUUUCAAAAAGCAAUACUGAAGACAAUGUCACAAACCAUACCACCGAUGGAUGUCCUGAAGUACGACGAAAUGAGACUUAUUUUAAGACAUCUGAGUGUCAGUGAGUUAUAUGACUGUCUGGAUGUGACCACCAAAUGGCACCAAACCAUCGCUGAUAUCUUGUCCUCACAGAAGUCACUGUCCAUUGGUUUCAAUGACAUCAAUCACUACACCAGUGAAGAAUUGAGCGAAAGGUGUGAUAAUGAGCGCCAUUUGGCCGUCAAUUCAUCGGUGGGUCGACUGAUGAACAAUAAGCAGACAUUCCUCUCACUCUUCGAGACGCUGUCAUUCAAAGUGAUUCAAAAGGAUUUGUUUAGAUUUCUGGCCGACUAUUGUCCAAACGUUCAGUCUUUAGACGCGAGUCAGUACUCGUUGAACGCGUCAGACGUGGACCAACUCAUCGCCAAUUGCCCACGACUUCAGUGUCUAUACGUCACGUCAGAUGAGAUCAGUUGGACUAAGUUUUUAAAUCCCAAAAUUGCCGGUCUCAAACACUUUAGCCUAGCGUUGACGACACGAACCCCUAUAUAUGGUGUCCACGAGAGUCCCUUUGAGACCGAUUUGAGUGAAACUGUGCCUCAAAUUGAAGACUUGAUCAUUAAGAGAGCGCUCAUUAAUACCGUUAAUUUGGAUAUUCUGUGCCAUUAUUUGCUAUUAUUUGGGUCUAAAUUGAAAAAAUUUCAUUUCAAACCACAGAACAGGUUAACGAAUGAAAAAUGUCUGGAAUUGAUCCGAGCGCUCACUCCCGAAGAGCCCAACAAAACCAUUAUUAAAAACUUGAAUAUUAAUGUCUUUGUGUUUAAAGAGUUAUUCAAAGAAAUCAAUACAAAGCUGUCAAACAUCGAUACACUGUAUCUGCACUUCAAUAAUGAGAGCGAACAGAAGGGUUUGCUUCAGAAUGUGAAGAAUCUGAAGGAAAUUAAUUUGAAUUUUAACUCAAGUGUCAGUGAGAUUGUGAUGGAAGGCAUUCAGUGCGACAGUGAUAUCCAUUUCAUUACACUAUUGCCUAAAUUGCCCCAAACUAUCACCAAAUUAACACUUCUCGACGCAAACUUCUCGUUGUCUGUGUUUUUGGCAGCAAUUGACUAUUUGCCAGUUUUGCGAGAAAUGCAAUUGAUUUCCGUUUUCAUUGAAAGCGACUCUCAGAACAACUUUUGGCAGGUGAUUUGCAACUAUAAAAAUCUUGUGUCGUUAACACUAAACAUGACAAACAUUAGUGACAUCGGUUUGGAGCACUUGAUUGGCAGCGAUUCGUUAAAUACGUUAGAAUUAGUCAAAUAUAACGGUCCGGACGCCAACCAAACGCUUAUCGAUACUUAUAGAGUGAUUGAAGUGUUUGGACAGUUGGCUAGUCUUAGACCAAAACUUUGGUUUCAUUUGCGUCUGGAUAUUGAUGUCUGUGAAGUGAACGAUCAAAUCAAAGCACAGGUUCCCAGAAAUGUUAAACUCGUUAACAUUGAUUACGAGAAACGAGAACUGAAUAGGAAAUGGGGCACAAGUUUUCAGCUGACCGUCAAAGUGGUUGACCAGAAGGUGAGUGCAAAACACAUCGAAAAUUGUCAGACCUUCGGAUUCAAUACCUCUAUACUGAUAGAGACACAAACGCUCAAAGAUAACGUCGACUAUCUGUCCGUUCAGUUCCGCAUCAAAGAAGUGGUGUUCGGCUCAAGAGUUGGCCGAAAGUCAAAGAAGAAAUUUCUUAAAUUCAGAGUCGGUUUGAUUGACAAAAGCAGACAAAUUGUGAACGAAAAGUGUUGGCCAGAAGUGGACACCGAAACGAAACAACUGUUCGGAUGGAAAAAGUUUAUGGAAAAGAGUCGUGCAUUUGAUUCGCAAACGGGUUUAUUGGACAAAGACUUUCUCAAGUUUUGGAUCCAAAUCGAGGCCAACGACGAGAGACAGAGCAAAGGCUUAGACAUUCAAUCAGUUGUCGAAAACAGUUACAGAAAUGGAUUCAAAUCUCUUUUGUCCGACAAAUGUUUCACUGAUUUCACAGUCGUUGUCGACGACCAAGAGUUUGCCGUCCAUAAGGCAGUACUGGCCGCCCGAUCGCCGGUCUUCAGGGCUAUGAUUGCCAACGAUAUGAAAGAGAAGAAAGAGUCGAAAGUGAUUCUCUAUGACACCGACAAAGAAGUGUUCGAACAGUUGUUGCACUUUAUAUACACCGGAAGCGCACCGAAGAUCGAAGAGAUGGCCCACAAGUUGUCGAUUUUGGCUGACUUUUACGAUAUCGAAGACUUGAGAUAUGUCUGCGCACAGACUCUGUUCAGUCAACUGUCAAAAGACAAUGUGAUGGAAGCGCUCAGAUUUGGCCAAACGGCUAUGAUUGCCAACGAUAUGAAAGAGAAGAAAGAGUCGAAAGUGAUUCUCUAUGACACCGACAAAGAAGUGUUCGAACAGUUGUUGCACUUUAUAUACACCGGAAGUGCACCGAAGAUCGAAGAGAUGGCCCACAAGUUGUCAAUUGUGGCCGACUUUUACGACAUCGAAGACUUGAGAUAUGUCUGCGCACAGACUCUGUUCAGUCAAUUGUCAAAAGACAAUGUGAUGGAAGCGCUCAGAUUUGGCCAAACGUUUGCCAUCAAUGAACUCGUAUUGAAUUCAAUCGAUUUCAUUGCAAACAAUUCAGAAGAACUGAAGGCAGAUAUUAUCCAUACUAUAGAUUAG